AUGCUCUACGUUAUCCAGAGCAUGUUCAUCGUCGCUUCACCAUCUGCCUUCCUGGCAUUCAACUACAUGCUUUACGGAAGACUCAUUGCCGCGAUUGAUCCCCAGUUCGGUUCCGACAAAGCCCAGCCCAAAAUGGAAAAGUCUCGCUUCUCCUUUAUCCCACCACGCAUUGUCGGACGUGUUUUUAUUUGGUCAGACAUCACCACUUUCAUGAUCCAAAUCGCAGCAGGAGGCAUGCUGGGCGGUGGAAAAGACAGCCCGACGCUCCUCAAGCUCGGUGACAAACUGUUCCUUAUCGGUGUCAUUGCCCAAGGUGUCUGUUACAUCCUGUUCACUGCCUUGCUGACGGUUACUUUGAUGCGACUGGUCUCCGAGAGACAGACUGCAGGACUUAAUCGAUCUGGAAGGGGCUGUAUGGGUCUCGACCAAAACACCGUGAAAAUGGCUGUCGGUUUCUACUUUUCGUCUUUGUGCAUCGCCGUCCGAUCUGUUUACCGUGUCAUUGAAUUUGCUCAAGGCCACAAUGGAUUUUUGGUCAGCCAUGAAGUCUACUUGUUUUUCCUUGAUGCUGUGCCUCUUGUGUUGGCUAUCGGUGUCUGGGUUAUCCUUUGGCCCACAACGACUCUCGACAGGAUUGCAUCGGAGGCUCGAGAUGGAUCGCAGGCGUAUAGCAUGGAGUCCGGCAACGCCCCACUCCGUCUUCCAAGCAGCGAUAGCUCUCUUAGGAACUAG